GAGGCACAGAAGAGACGGGUUCGCCCUUGCAGACCUCCCAGGGGCAGGGCAGCCACAGAGGAGUCUGAAGACACCCGCGGAGGUCCCAGCAGGGAUUCACUCGGCUGGGCAGGGGCGGCGGUGGCACUGGCUCCCCUGCUUCAGUGGCCGCCCCUUGUAAUUUGACACUUGGAUCUCCAGGACGACCAACAGCAAAAAAGCUGAGGCCGAGACAGCAGCUGGCUGUCAGCAGCCAGGAGCUCCACUCCUCUGAGGAAGGCGCCCAGCAGCGGGUCAGGAAAGAGGCAUCCGAGAAGGAAGGAAGAGGUGGUGGCCGGGCGAAGCCAGGCAAGGGAGGCUGCCGGGCUCCCCAGCAUCCGCGGUUGCCCCUCAACCCAACACCUGAGCUCCCAGGUGGGUGGGGACUCCCAGCCCCGUCCCGGUGAGGCCUGGCAGGAGCCCGGCAGGAGCCCGAUGCACCAUGGCAGCCGCCAACUUUGUGCAGGAGAUGCGCUCCAUGGGCGAGAAGCUGCUGCUCAAGCUGCAGAAGCUGCCCCAGGCCGAGCCUGUGGAGAUCGCGGCCUUCUCGGUCAUCCUCCUUUUCACAGCCACCGUGCUGGUGCUGCUGCUGAUCGCCUGCUGCUGCUGCUGCAGGGACUGCUGCUGCCCUGAGCGCAGAGGCAGGAAGGUCCAAGUGCGGCCCAUGAGCCCAUCGUGAGGGACAGAGACGAGGAGGAGA